AUGUGUUCACCAUCACCUGGAAAACGUCGAAUCGAUACAGAUGUUAUUAAACUUCUUGAAUCAAAUCAUCAAGUGACAAUUAUGUCAGGUCUUAAUGAAUUUAUGGUUAAAUUUGCCGGACCACGUGACACUGAAUAUGAAGGUGGUAUAUGGAAUAUUCGAGUUGAUCUAUCCGAUAGAUAUCCUUUUAAAUCUCCAUCAAUCGGUUUCAUGAAUCGUAUAUUUCAUCCAAACAUCGAUGAGAUGUCCGGCACUGUUUGUCUUGAUGUAAUCAAUCAAACAUGGACUCCAAUGUACGAUCUAACGAAUAUAUUUGAAUCAUUUCUUCCACAAUUACUUGCUUAUCCAAAUCCGGUGGAUCCGUUAAAUGGUGAUGCCGCAGCUUUGUAUCUACACAAACCAGACGACUAUAAGAAAAAAGUUCGAGAAUAUGUGCAACGUUUUGCUACCGCUGAUAUGGCUGAUGGUUUAUCGGCGACAUGCGAUGGGCAAUCAUCAUCAGAACAUCAGACAAAUGGUUUAAAUAGCUCAAAUCAAACAAAUAAAAACGAAUCAGAUGAUGAAAUAUUAAGUGAUUUUAGUGAAGAUGAAGCUGCUGAUAUGGAUUUAGAAUAA